AGGAGGACCACAAUAGCAAGCAGAGUAGAGCAGCCAUGAAAGCUUUCCCACUUUCUUCACCUCUCCCGUCUCUUCACUCCCCAAAGUCGCUCAUUCAUGCCCAACUGCGCAAACCCAAUUUUUCAAAAUUUGGUCCUGUUCUCCUCCCAUUACUUCACAGCAGGGCACCCUCAAAAUUCAAGCUCUUCUCUUCCCCUGUUUCGGCGGAUCACCAUGUACCGCUUGAAGCAGCUGAGGGCACUGCCCUGGCCUCCGAAAGAUCGGAGAAGUUCGACUGGUACUCCCAGUGGUACCCGCUGAUGCCGGUGUGCGAUUUGGACAAGAAGGUCCCGCGUGCUCUGAUGGUGCUGGGGAUGGAUGUGGUGGUGUGGUGGGACAGGAACGAGAACGCAUGGAAGGUGUUCGACGAUAUGUGUCCGCACCGUUUGGCUCCGCUGUCCGAAGGGAGGAUUGAUCCAGCGGGAAGGCUGCAAUGCGUUUAUCACGGUUGGUGUUUUGAUGGCUCGGGAAACUGCAAGCUCAUCCCUCAAGCCCCUGCCGAUGGUCCUCCGGUUCAGACAAGCAAAAGGGCAUGUGUUGCAGCUUACCCAACAAUUGUGCAUCAUGACAUGGUGUGGUUUUGGCCCAACUCGGAUCCUCAGUACAAAGACAUCAUUGCGAAGGAGAAACCUCCUUACUUCCCAGAGUUGGAUGAUCCUUCAUUCACUACGGUGAUGGGGAGCCGUGAUCUUCCUUACGGGUAUGAGGUAUUGAUAGAAAACCUCAUGGACCCUGCCCAUCUUCCCUAUGCGCAUUUCAAGCUCGGAUCAACACAACCAUUUAAGGAAAUGCGCGAUAGAGAAGGGGGAAGACCACUUGAUUUUAUAGUGAAGACACAAGGGAUAGAAGGAUUUGAUGCAGAUGGGUUCGGCUACAUUCAGUUCAAGGCACCCUGCUUCCUCUCUUAUCGUAUUACAACACCUGCCGGAAACAAUAAGGAAUCUGUGCCGCGGAAGGCGGCUUUGAUCUUCAUGAGCGUUCCUGUGAGUCCAGGCAAUAGUAGAUACAUUUGGGCCUUCCCAAGGAACUUCGAUAUUUGGGUGGACAAAGUUUUACCUAGAUGGAUGGCUCACAUGGCAACAAACAUAAUCUUGGAUUCCGACUUGUAUCUUCUUCAUGUCGAGCAGGAACGCAAAAUCAAGGAAAUGGGGCCUAAGAAUUGGCAGAAGGCAUGUUUUUUGCCGAUCAAGUCCGAUGCUCUAGUGAUUGGUUUCAGAAAUUGGUUCAGCAAAUAUGGCGAUGGCAAAAUUGACUGGAGAGGCAAGUACACUGAUGAUCUUCCUCCAACCCCACCAAGAGAACAACUCAUGGACAGGUACUGGACCCAUGUGGUUAACUGUAGCAGUUGCAAUGGUGCAUACAAGGCUUUGAAUGCUACUGAAACGAUCAUUAAGGUCGUUUCCGUUGGAUUAAUCGGCAUUGUUGCAGCCACUACGCAAGGGAUGCUGUCAGCUGCUGCGAGAACUAAGCUUGCAGUCUUGGCUACAGUAUGCUAUGUAACUUCAAGAUGGUUGGCUCAUUUCAUUUAUAACAACUUUCGCUACCAUGAUUACAGCCACUCGAGCCCUGAAAAGGUGAUGCUUCUUGUUCGAAUUUGGAAGGUAGGCCUUUCUUAAUUAGUAGCUGUAACGAAACGGAGAAUUUGGUUUGUCGUUAAUUAUCUGCCUCAAUGUGUACCCACUAUGUGGAAAAUAGUAGUUAAAUUCGCACAACAGAGUGCUUGAUACCCUAUGGAAUUUAUGCUGCUUUAAUUUAGUCCUACAGAUUCUUUAGAGCUUCAACUAUACCUCUAUGUACUCCUACUUGCAAAGAAUUCUUCG